UUUGACUACUCGGGCACAGAACAUGGCCAGGACUGUGGGUGAUGCGACGAGGCGGCGCAAAAGCUUGAGCCUGAUCAAUUUCUGGCGUGGGGCACGCGUUGACUGCGACGCACAAUCGAAUGCAGUUUUUAAUACAAAACUGAAUUUUCGAACAAAACGUAGACAAAAUGCCGAAAAAUUCGGUCCACACAAGGUCAAGCGAAUCCUUCAACGCGCUGAUAGAGAACGCUAUGUGCACAAUGGCUCAUUUCUGGAGGCCAUCAAACCAGUGUUGAUCAUCGCUCAAAUCUUCGCGCUGAUGCCUGUGAGAGGCAUUUCGUCAAAGUACGCCGAGGACUUGAGCUUUAGCUGGCAGAGCUUUCGGUCCUAUUAUUCACUAAUUGUGAUUGUAUUGUUUGGCCUUUCGUCUGGGUUUAAUGCGAUGUUUGUGAUACUCGUCAACUUCGACUUUGAUUCGGUGGAAACACUCAUCUUCUACGCCUCCAUUUUUGCCAUCUCGGUGGCCUUCUUCCAGCUGGCCAUGAAAUGGCCUUCGGUGGUUUUGGAGUGGCAAAUGGUCGAGUCCCAGCUGCCAAUGCUGCGUACAGAGCGCGAACGUGCCGCAUUGGCCUCGCACAUCCGAAUGAUUAUAAUGAUAGCCAUAGGCUGCUCAUUGGUGGAGCACCUGCUGAGCAUGCUGUCCAGCUUGUACUAUGUGAACGCGUGUCCCGUCAUGCCCAGUCAGCCCAUCAACAGCUACUUGCUCAUCAACUUCUCCAUGUUUUUCCACUUCGUCGACUACACUCCGCUUCUGGGGUUAAUUGGGAAAGUGAUCAAUGUGCUGGCCACUUUUGCCUGGAGCUUCAACGAUAUUUUCGUGAUGGCCGUCAGCGUUUCUCUAGCGGCACGAUUCCGGCAGCUAAACGAUCAUAUGCUCCGUGAAGCUCGAUUGCCGACUAGUGUUGAGUUCUGGAUACAAAACCGGAUCAGCUUUCGCAAUCUCUGCAAGCUGUGCACCGUCGUGGAUGAUGCCAUAUCAGCCAUAACGCUGCUCUGCUUUAGCAACAAUCUGUACUUUAUAUGCGGUAAAAUUUUAAAGAGCCUGCAGAAGAAACCUUCUGCAUCGCACACAGCAUAUUUCUGGUUCUCGCUGAGCUACUUGCUGAGUCGCACUCUGAUACUCUCGCUUUAUAGCGCCAGUGUCAAUGAUGAGUCCAAGCGACCUUUGGCCAUCUUUCAACUGGUGCCGAGGCCCUACUGGUGCACUGAGCUUAAGCGCUUCUCGGAGGAGGUUCACAUGGACCAGGUGGCCCUAACGGGCCUGAAGCUGUUUCGACUGACCCGAGGCGUUGUCAUAGCGGUGGCUGGCACGAUUGUGACCUACGAGCUGAUAUUGCUGCAAUUCAACAAGGAGGACAAAGUUAAUGACUGCUAUGAGCACUGAGCUCGGGCGAGCUACACCCGAUUUGUACUUUAUUU